UAAUAGUCUGUUAAACAGUUAGAAUUUGUACUUAUUAGUUUGUAAUAUACUUUUUACAAGUUUUAUUAUUAUUUCAUCUUGAAGACUAAAACUUCAAACUUUCUUUUGAAUGAAAAUAUUGUAAUUCUGUAUUUAUUUUUUAAGUUUAUUUUGUAUGUUUCCAGUUAGGUAUAGCAGCCAACAAAUAAAAUUAACCACAUAAUAAUUUAAACUUUUAAAGUCUGAUUUUUACAAUAUCAUUGUCAUGCCACCAAAAAAAAAUGCCAAUGCCAAGGGUCCCAAGAGCAGUGCCAAAACAGACGAUGAUAGCAAAGGAAAGGAGAAAAAAGGAGGCUCAGCUGUAAAAGUGAGACAUAUUCUAUGUGAAAAGCAGUCUAAAGUGUUGGAUGCUAUGGAAAAACUCAAGGCCGGUGUGAAAUUUAAUGAAGUUGCUACACUAUACAGCGAAGACAAGGCUAGGCAAGGUGGUGAUUUGGGCUGGAUGAUUCGUGGCUCAAUGGUUGGUCCAUUUCAAGAUGCUGCAUUUGCUCUACCUGUGUCGAGCCUUGCCAGUCCUGUUUAUACCGAUCCACCUGUCAAAACUAAAUUUGGUUACCACAUUAUUAUGAUUGAAGGGAAAAAAUGAUAAUUUUUGUUGUUUGUUACAUUAUGUUCAUGAACAAAGUAUACUUUUUUCAUUUGCAUUACUGAUUGAGUAAAAACUGUAUAAACCAUGUAUUUACAAAAUGUGUCACUAUGUAGGUGCAAUAAACUAAUUCUUAUCAACAAUA